UUCUCUAAUUUAAUCAAAAAUAAAAUGAAUUGUUCUUCUAUAAUAGAACUCCCUCCAACUAUGCGCUUUCGUUGGAGUCAUAAUGGAUCUGUUGCUAUUUGUUAUUCUGCUGUUUUUGUUUUAUCAUUAAUUGGAAAUGGGUUUAUGUUCCUCAUUUUAUUUAGAAAUCAGUGCAUUAAAAGAAGGCGUGUACAUUCACUUUUACUGCAUAUGACAGUUGCCCAAUUACUUGUUACCUUGGUUUAUAUACCAAAAGAAAUUGUUCAUAAUUUAACUAUAGCUUGGCUAGGAGGAGAUUUACUCUGCAGAUUGUGCAAAUUUUUUGGCAAGUUAAUUCCGAAAAGAAUCCAAAAAAAUAAAAUUUUUUCAGACGUUUUUGGUGUUGCCUUGUCAGCAGGCAUUUUAGUCUGUCUAAGCCUUGAUCGUUUUUAUUCUAUACUUUUUCCACUUUAUGUAAUUAAUGCUAAAAGGAGUGUUCAAAGGAUGGUUAUUGCUGCUUGGCUUGUUGCUGCUUUAUCCAGUUUACCCCAAGUUUAUAUAUUUCGGACAGCCAGGCAUCCUUGUUUUACUGAAUUUACACAAUGUGUAUCUGCUGAUAUAAUUGGAUUAUUAUCCCCAAAUGUUAUUUAUUGGUUUUCUGUUUUAAAUAUUGUUCAAGUUUAUUUUAUCCCUUUGUUUGUUAUUUUAUUUUGUUAUGGAUCUAUUCUUGUUUCAAUUUCAUUAAAAAGUAAAGACACAAAAGUAGCUUCAGAACCAGAACAGCCUCCUAAAGAGCAAAGGAAUAUUACAAAAUUGGCUUUAUUACGUGGACAUGAAAUUCAUCAGCAAUUGGCUGCUGGUAAAAAAUUUUUUUUAUUCUGA